AUGAAGGAGCAUGGAGGGACUUGGCACAUGGACGCAGCUCAACUGGAUACGCAAAGGAAGAAGGAGGAAGCCAUCUUGAAGACCAGCUCGACCAUCUACUACUCGACCAACCGGUCGAGUUCCUCAACUCGACCGGCCAAGCUUCAACUCGAUCGAGCUGAGAAGUCAACAGUCAAACCCGAAAAAUGUGUAUGCGAACUCGAUCGAGUCGGUCUACAAGACUUGGUCGAGCUAGACUUUACAACGGGUAGAAAGAGGGUUCAGAGGUCACAGAGGGUACAAGAGGAACCUGAGGUGCUUGUUGCUGAUACAAUGGACGUACCAGAGGGGAAUGGAAACCCUUUGGGAAUGGACUCGGUCGAGCUAGGCAAACUCGACCGAUUGGUCAAGGAGAUGCUCCAAACCGCCACCAACAGAGACAAGGGAUUGUUCCACCACCAGUGCAGAACCACAACUUUGAGAUCAAGCUGGGAAUGA